CUGGUGUGUUUACUCUGCUGCUUCUACCCGAAGCCGUGAAGGCGUUUUUUUCUUCUUCUUCUCUCCCUUCUUUUUCGGGGAGGCGGGUGAAGCCACAGGCGGACGGGAGAGAGUCCUCGGACUCUGGAUACUAACCCCGGUGUCAAGGGCUUCGGCUAAUUAAUGAGGAAGAGGGGCGCGUACGUCUCUCAAUGGAGCUACUUCGGUUUUCCGCUUUUUGGUGCGGAGCGCUCCUCUUCGGCGGCGUCCAGAUCGAGGAGGCGGGAGCCAAUAUAAUUAAGCCGAAAAUGCUGUGCAAGUUCUGCGAUGUGCGGGCCACAAGCUGCACAGGUAAAGCGAGCUGCAAGGCGGAGUGUGAGAUCACGUCCAUCUGCCCCAACGACGAGGACGUGUGCGUCAGUACCUGGAGGAGGAAAGAUGACAAUUUUACCAUCGAUACAGUCUGCCACAACCGAUCCCAGAAGCUGCACGGCCUGGUCCUGGAGGAUUACAACAACAGCAAGUGUGAGAUGAAAGAAAUCAAGGGCAUGGGCUUGCUGUUCUUCAUCUGUUCCUGCUCCGAGGACGAGUGCAACGAGCACAUCCUCUUUAACUCCUACAUGGAUUCCCAGGUGGUGGCGGUCAUCUUGGUGAGCCUGGUGCCUCUGCUGGUCAUGGCUGUCGUGGUCAUCAGUUCCUUCUACUGUUACCGGGUCUACCGCCAGCGGCAGGCCAGCUCCAAGCGCAAGAGGGGCCGCCUGGACUUCAGCGACGCUCACGCCAUCAUGAUCGACGACGAGGGCUCGGACAGCAGCUCCACGCACGCCAACAACCUCAACCACAACACGGAGCUGCUGCCCAUCGAGCUGGAAGUCCAGGUCGGCAAAGGGCGCUUCGCCGAGGUUUACAAAGCCAAGCUGAAGCAGGGCUCGACGGUCAGCGAGGAGCAGGGCUUCGAGACGGUGGCCAUUAAGAUUUUCCGGUACGAGGAGUACGCCUCCUGGAAGAACGAGAAGGACAUUUUCUCGGACGCGGACCUGAGGCACGACAACGUGCUUCACUUCCUGACGGCGGAGGACAGGAAGGCGCAGCGGCAGUGCUGGCUGAUCACGGCCUACCACCCGCGAGGGAACCUCCAAGAGUUCCUGAUCCACCACGUCAUCAGCUGGCACGACAUGUGGCAGCUGGGCGGUUCGCUCGCGCUCGGCGUGGCGCACCUUCACAGCGACCACACCAUGUGCGGCCGCUACAAGGUGCCCAUCGCGCACAGGGACAUUAAGAGCUCCAACAUACUUGUGAAAAGCAACCUGACCUGCUGCCUGUGUGACUUCGGCCUCGCCCUCCGCCUGGACAACGCUCUGUCUGUGGAUGAGCUGGCCAACAGCGGGCAGGUGGGUACGGCCAGGUACAUGGCCCCCGAGGUCUUGGAGUCCAGAAUCAACCUGGAGAACAUCGAGUCUUUCAAACAGGCCGAUGUUUACUCCAUGGCUCUGGUGCUGUGGGAAAUCAUCUCCAGGUGCAACGCAAUUGGAGAGGUGAAGGAGUACGAGCCGCCCUUUGGGAACCUGAGGGAACACCCGUGUGUCGAGAGCAUGAAGGACAGCGUCCUCCGAGACAGAGGAAGACCUGAGAUCCCCGACAGCUGGAUGAACCACACCGGCAUCCAGAUGGUGUGCUCCUCCAUCGACGAGUGCUGGGACCACGACCCGGAGGCCCGGCUGACGGCCCAGUGCGUCGCCGAGCGCUUCAGCGACAUGGAGUACCUGGACAAGCUGUCGGAGCGCUCCGACUCGGAGGAGAAGAUCCCCGAGGAGAUCUUGAUGGUGGAUGAGAAGUAGAGCUCAACAGAAACACUGCCCCCUAGCAGGGCGGCGGAGGAACUGCAGCCACGCAGAGCGUCCGGUGGAUGCUCCGUUUGCUCUGGUCAGAAAUGGGUGACGGAGGAGCGAACUGGAGCAUCACGCCGAUGAACCGGAGCCGAUACCAGAGAUGGACUUCCACACGGAUCAGAGCCAGCGUGACUAUAAACCAGAGACUGGUUGAUUUGUUUUGUUAUUCAUGCUUUUAAAGACUGGAUCAUGUUAUAAACAAACAGGGAAAUUACAUUAUAAAGCUUUUUAACCAAAUGCUAUUUGCACUUUAUCAAUAUCUAUGCACAACAAAUGAUAUAUAUUCAGUGCCUUUUUUAAAUUGUAUCCGACAAUACAUUUCAGGAAUAUGAAAUAAAGGGACAGCUUGUAUUUAGAAAAGAGGAUUAAGGGGAGCAAUGUAAUAUAUCACGAUGGUUAAUAACACUAAUAGCCCCCUGAUAGCUUCUAGAGUGCAUACUUAAACGUUUUCCGAGGUGGCGUGGUGGCCUUGGGUAUGUCUGUGGACGGAAUUCAAGGUGCACGCAUAAUUUCUUGUGGCAUGAAAUGGAAAUUACCCUCGGCAAAGCCAUCCGCGGCACAGAAAGCUGAUAUUGUAUAUUUCAAGGACCAUGAUUUAUGACAUAAAGACAGCCAAUUUAGGCUGAAAGGUUAAAAAAGAAAAGGAAACUGUGUGUACUAGGAAGAGCCUGGUCUCGGUUUGAUCAAUUGGACCGAGAGAAUAAAGGGAAUCGAGAUGUUUCUAAAGGUUUUGAACAGGAAGUUCCAGUCUGCUGCAUGUGUAUAUGCUCUAAAAGCUGAACGAGACAUGUUGUGAUGGAAAAGAUCAUUCUGCUGACUCUGAGCAGUCUUUUUGUAUUUGUAUAAAACUAAAGCCAUAAUUAAAAGUGUUACAGGUC